UUAAUACCAAGUCGAUUCUGAUGACAUUCAUUGGUCGUUUACCUCGAUCGUAUUCACUACUUUGAUUUCUUUCAGUACUAAUUAUUUAUUAUUAAUUUUUAUUUUGAUUUAUUUAUAUUACACAGUAUCAAAGUUUAUUUUGUAGUGAAAAGAAAUGGCUGACGAGGAAGAAGGAAAGGAGUACAGAUGGGAGACUGGUUAUGAAAAAACUUGGGAAGCAAUUAAAGAAGAUGAUGAUGGGCUUGUUGAAGCAUCCGUUGCAGAAAUUAUACAUAAUGCGAAAAGAAAAAGGCAAUUGGAUAGAAAAGCUGGUGCCAGAUUAGGAAUGAUGAGACAUUUGUAUAUUAUUCUUGAUACUUCUGAAGCAAUGUCCAAUCAAGAUUUGAAACCAACGCGUUUACUAUGUUCCUUGAAGCUUUUAGAGGACUUUGUGGAUGAAUUCUUUUAUCAGAAUCCUAUAAGCCAAGUCGGUUUAAUUAUAACUAAGAAUAAAAGAGCUGAGAAGAUUAGUGACUUGGCUGGAAAUUCAAAGAAACACAUUAAGGAAAUAAAAGCUUUGCAGCAAACAGCAUUAGCUGGUGAACCAUCAUUACAAAAUUCUUUAGAAUUAGCUUUAAAAUCACUUAGGCUGUUACCGUCUCAUGCUAGUAAAGAAAUAAUAAUAAUAACUGGUUCUCUUACUACGUGUGAUCCUGGAGAUAUUACCGAGACAAUACAAUCUAUGAAAUCGGAUGGUAUAAGGUGUAGCGUGAUAGGUUUAGCUGCUGAAUUGUACAUUUGUAAAAAAAUUGCUAUUUUAACUGGUGGAGAACAUGGUGUUGUUUUAGAUGAUAAACAUUUUAAAGAACAGUUAAAUGCGCAUAUAGAUCCACCACCAGCUGCUACUAGAUUAGACGCAGCACUCGUGAAAAUGGGUUUUCCACAUCAUGCAUUGCAAUCUUCUGGUACUGAUACUUCGAUAACGGUAUGCAUGUGUCACGCAGAAAAUUCAGAUGGAUCUGUCAAAUUAACAAGUACAGGUUUUCUUUGCCCUCAAUGUCUUAGCAAACAUUGUGAACUACCAGUCGAAUGUAGAGCAUGUGGUCUAACUCUAGUUUCUGCUCCACAUUUGGCAAGAUCGUAUCAUUAUUUAUUUCCAGUUGCACCGUUUAAAGAAUUAGAUUACGAAGACAAAUAUACAAUGUGCUAUGGAUGCCAAAAAAUAUUAUCUCAAAAAGAUAAAAAGAUUUACAUUUGCGAAAAAUGUUCCAGAAUAUUUUGUAUAGAUUGUGAAAUAUUCAUUCACGAAUCAUUGCACACGUGUCCGGGUUGUGCAACGAAUCAAACUACAUAUCAAAAAUUUACUGAAAAAUAAAUUCAUAUUAAAUAAUU